AUGCGACAAGACCAACAACAACCCACCUCGACAGUCGCCUUCUCCUCGAUUUCACCCAGCUUCAAUUCGUACACAACCUCUUCCGACGAAACCCUUGUUGAGGGGAUUAAAGAUAUGAGAGGUCACAGACAAGAUAAGGACAGAUCGCCGUUGCUACCAGUCCAACAGUCCCCUUGUUGCUCGAUCUCUUCGGCAACACUGUGA